GACAAUAUUAUUGAUAUGCGCACUUGCUUGCAGAAAGUGCUACAUGAGUACCAAUUAAAUGCAUAUGUCGUGGAGCUAGAUAAAUCACGGGUGAUUGAGGCCCUGAGAUUUCAUCCCAGAGGGCAUGAAAAGAUUGGUGCUGGAAUAAGAGAUAUAAAGAUCGGACAUCAUCCCAGUCACCCAGGCACAAGGUGCUUCAUUCUGGUAAGGAACGACGGUACCAGUGAAGAUGUCUCUUACAAGAAAUGUGUCCAGGGUGCUGCGGAUUCUAUCUCGCCUCAGCUUGGACGCUAUGUAGAGAGGAUAUUACAGAACAGAGCAAGUUGGUCACACUAGUUUGCAGAGGCCAAUUUGUUUCAGACCAUAGGUAGAGAGUUUGAUUGAUGUUUUGUCGACAAGGAACUGUCGAGCACGAGUAGAUGAUGCUCAGUUAUCGCGGAGGAGUAAACCGCCAAUUAGCGAAGGUGGCAUGCUUCUUGACCACCCUUCUGAUAGGAAAAGAACUCCAUCGAACUCUGUUGUUGUCUUCUAGGACUGGCGAUGCCAUUGUUUUGUCGUGCAACCCUUUUUCUUCUCCGUCUGCUGAUGGAUCAUCCAUGACCAUCAUUAAUUGUAACCUAAAUGCAUGACUUUGUAGUAUAAUUAGCAUAGUGCUCCAAUCAAUCCUGCAACCUUUAACAUAA